AUGCAACUUCCCCUCUCUUCACGGCCUCCCCUCGUGGCACAGCUCUCGAACUCCGUUCCGAACACACCGCACCAGUACGCGCGUGACUUUACCCGACGAUCAAGAACACCUUCACCGACGGGCGCGCUGGGGAGCCAUUCGCCCAGAUCUGUCGUUUCCGAGGCGAAUGGAUACCUUUCAUCGCUGCCGAGAUCGCGACCGGUAUGCAAGUACGAAACCAGUUCGGCUUUCAGCCGGCGGCGGAUACCGUACAACAUCGGCGAUGAACUUUUGCUGAAAGAGAAGGGGGUCAAACGCUCGUUGGAUGAAGAGGAGGAACGGAGACUGGAAAAUGACAUGGCCGACCUUUUCCGAAAGCUGGAACCGUCCAAGGAAAGCGAGCAAAGAAGACAGCGGCUGGUAGAGAAGCUAGAGGAAAUACUGCAUCGCGAAUGGCCGGGAAAUGAGUUCAAGGUCCACGUCUUUGGUUCUUCUGGAAACUUGCUAUGCACAAGCGAUUCUGACGUGGAUAUCUGCAUUCAAACGUCUAUGAAGAAACUCGAAACAAUGCACAUCUUAGCGGAAGCUUUGGCAAAUAAUGGCAUGCAAAAAGUAAUAUGCGUUGCGUCAGCCAAAGUCCCGAUUGUUAAGAUAUGGGAUCCGGAACUAAAUCUUGCCUGCGACAUGAACGUCAACAACACCCUUGCUUUGGAGAACACUCGUAUGAUCAAAACUUACGUCCAGAUUGACAAGAGGGUUCGGCCGUUGACGAUGAUUAUCAAAUACUGGACCAAACAGAGAAUCCUCAAUGAUGCUGGUAUCGGCGGCACUUUAAGCUCUUACUCUUGGAUUUGCAUGAUCAUUAACUUCCUUCAAACGCGGAAUCCUCCUGUCCUCCCUACACUACAUCAAUCACCGCACAAAGAAGCCGUCUCGAAUGAUGGCACUGACUCAGGGUUUGCUGAUGACCUUGCUGAGCUUCAAGACAAGAGCUCAAAUGAAGAGUCCCUCGCUGAACUUCUCGUUGGGUUUUACCGAAAGUAUGCGCACGAGCUCGAUUACGAGAGGUCGGUGAUUUCAGUUCGACAAGGGAGGGUAUUGACCCGGAAAGAAAAGGGAUGGGACGGGGCGUCAAAAGAAGGUCAAUGGCGGCUCUGCAUUGAGGAGCCAUUCAAUACAUCGCGUAACCUGGGCAAUUCGGCCGAUUCAACGGCUUUUCGGGGGAUUCAUCUCGAGUUACGGCGAGCAUUUGACUUCCUGGCCAACAAGGCGGAUCUGGACGGAUGCUGCGUCGCAUUCAAAUUUCCAGUAGAAGAGAAGUCCUCUCAUAUAUUCAGGAAACCGGCGCCAAAAGCAGCUUUGCAACCCCAACUUCCCAGCCAAGGCACGAGAGGCGGUCGAGGCGGAAUGGCCAGGCGAAUCUGGAUGCACUUCGCCAAUCGUUCAACCUGCUCGUAA